UAUGGUGCAAAUAAAAUUACUUGCCAGCUUACAAAAUACAAAAAUCGAAACUGAUGUUAAAUUACUUCAUUCAGUUCAUUCAGUCACAGAGUUGGUAGGAUUUUGACGAAAACCAUUGCAUUUGCGUGCAACGAAAACGGUUUUCUGCCUCGAGUCUUGUGUGAAGUGCGUUUACUGUGUGUGUUAAAUCAAAUAAAAUUAAACUGUAGUGUAAAAGCAAGUGAUUUUUUGUGUUCUGUGUGAUAAUGGCAACGGAAUUUCCGCCGUCGCCCGCGUGAACAAGUAAGACUCUAGAGCAGUGAACCUCACGUGCGAGCCGCCUCAAGCAUCAACCGACCACAAUGAAAAUGGUGUUGUCACAACGGCAACGAGAGGAGCUGAACAAAGCGAUUGCCGAUUAUCUAGGCAGUAACGGUUACAAUGACGCGCUGGAAGCGUUCAAGAAAGAAGCCGACAUGACCGGCGAAAUGGAUCGCAAGUUCGGUGGCCUCUUGGAGAAGAAAUGGACCUCCGUCAUCAGACUUCAGAAAAAGGUUAUGGAACUGGAAUCGAAAUUGUCGGAGGCUCAGAAGGAAUUCAUCGAGGGUGCUCCAACGCGAGCUAAGCGCACUCCAACAGAAUGGAUUCCGCGUCCACCCGAGAAGUUUUGUCUCACUGGACACAGGGCCACUAUUACUAAGGUAAUAUUUCACCCCGUGUUCAGCUUGAUGGUGUCCUCGAGCGAGGACGCAACCAUAAAAGUUUGGGACUUUGAGAGCGGCGAGUACGAACGAACAUUGAAGGGUCACACCGACUCCGUACAGGACAUUGCUUUCGACCACCAUGGAAAAUUACUUGUGUCUUGCAGCGCCGACAUGUCGAUCAAGCUGUGGGAUUUCAAUCAGACGUUCGAGUGCAUCAAGACGAUGCACGGACACGACCACAACGUCUCCUCGGUGGCUUUCUCUCCUAGCGGCGACAUCGUGUACUCCGCCAGUCGGGAUAAAACUAUCAAAGCCUGGGAGGUCGCCACUGGGUACUGCAUCAAGACAUACAAAGGUCACCGCGAGUGGGUGCGUAUGGUGCGCGUGUCGCCGGACGGGACCCUGCUCGCUUCCUGCUCAAACGAUCAGACCGUGCGCAUAUGGAACGCGGAUACUAAUGAAUGCAAGAUGGAACUUCGCGAACAUGAGCACGUGGUGGAGUGCGUGUCGUGGGCCCCCGAGGCCGCCGCCGCCGCCAUCAACGAGGCCGCCGGAGGAGACAACCGCCGCGCCAACCACACCGGACCCUUCCUCGCCAGCGGCUCGAGGGACAAGUCCGUUAAGAUCUGGGAGGUGAGCACGGGCCAGUGCCUGGCGACGCUGGUGGGGCACGACAACUGGGUGCGCGGCGCGGCGUGGCACCCCGGCGGCCGCUACCUGCUCACCGCCUCCGACGACAAGACCCUGCGCGUCUGGGACGUCGCGCACACGCGCUGCCUCAAGACCCUCUAUGCGCAUCACCACUUCGCCACCAGCCUCGAUUUCCACAGAAGCUUGCCAUACGUGAUAUCGGGCAGCGUAGAUCAGACCGUCAAAGUUUGGGAGUGUCGCUAGAAGCAUUGCCAUUUUAGUAACUUAAACUCACCGAUGAUAUCUUUAUC